GGUUGCAAUAGGGAAAGCGAUUUAUCGCUUCUUGCAUUUCUUCAUUGACGAAAUUCCCCAUCCAUGGAUGUUACGGAUUAUGGAUAAUUUUUUGCAGCUCCUUCUUUCAGCGUCGCAGUUGUUGGAACGACAGCGGAACGCUUCCACUAGAUCAUACAUACUUCGAUAUCACUGGUCGUGGAUACGACUGCAAAUCUCGGUCUGACUCACCUACGUCGUAGAUAUAUCCACGAAAGUCGCUUCAAUUUGUGAUGUUGCGUUGAUUCUACAAUGCAUGGUUUUCCCGGUUCACUCUUUAUUUUGGUUUUUCGAUCUAGGCGCUAGAUGCUAGACGCCGGCAAUGCGGCCUCCCGACGAUACUUUUGCUUCUUCCUCUAACGCCGCUGGAGCCCCGCUGCCUCCCAUGACCCAGGGCCCUGCAGCGCCCAAGGGAGUCAGCAGCCAAGAGGCGGCCAUGCAGUCUCUCCAGGAAGGACAACAAGGCGAGAAAGCAUCUCAAGAUGUUCGAGAUGUAGAGAAGAGCGAGCCUUCCGUUGACACGGCGGCUGCCAAUGUAGAGCAGGAGUAUCCUUCAUUCUGGAAGCUGGUCCUCUUGACAAUUGCUCUUUGCAUGGCCAUGCUUGUCGUGUCGUUGGAUGGUACCAUUCUCGCAACUGCCAUUCCCCGCAUCACCAACGAUUUCAACUCGCUAGAUGAUGUUGCGUGGUAUGGGAGCUCGUACCUUUUCGCCGUCUGCGCUCUGCAGUUGAUGUUUGGCAAGUUUUACAUCAUGUAUCCCGUGAAAUGGGUAUUCUUGGCUGGUGUAAUCCUUUUCGAGAUUGGCUCUCUCAUCGCUGGCGUCUCCCCUUCCUCCGCCGUGCUCAUCGUUGGAAGAGCCGUAUCUGGUAUGGGUGCAGCUGGAAUUUUUGCCGGUGCUAUCAUUAUUCUAGCAACAUCGGUACCUCUACGGCAGCGACCCAUCUAUACCGGUCUGUUGGCAAGUAUGCAUGGUAUUGCUAGUGUUGCUGGCCCGCUCUUGGGAGGCGCAUUCACUGAUCAUGUAACCUGGCGUUGGUGCUUCUACAUCAAUCUUCCGCUCGGCGGCAUCACCGUCGUGUGCUUGAUUUUCUUCCUGCCAGCUAAACCGCCGAUACAACCUGGACUGCCUUGGAAAGAGCAGGUCAAACAAUUCGACCUGCCCGGAACCUUCUUUCUGAUUCCCUCAGUUAUUUGCUUACUAUUGGCCUUACAGUGGGGUGGCGCGGGAUACGCCUGGAAUAACGGCCGUGUCAUCGCUCUGUUUGUCGUUUUUGGUGUCUUGGGCAUCAUUUUUGGGGGUGUUGAGAUGUAUCAGAAAGACCGAGCGACCGUUCCUCUGCGUAUCCUGAAGAACAAGAAUAUCCUGGGUGGCGUGUGGUAUGGUGUAUGCAUGGGCGGCGCCUUGUUCGUCUUUUCCUAUUACCUACCGAUUUGGUUCCAGGCAAUCAAGGGAGUAGAUGCCACCACAUCUGGUCUUAUGAACCUGCCUAGUAUACUCGGGCUGGUUAUUUUCUCAAUAAUUGGUGGUGGGUUGGCUACUGCGUUGGGGAUGUUUACUCCGCUACUUAUCGCUUCUUCGGCUAUCACGGCCGUUGGUGCGGGCCUCCUAAGCACUCUUAAAGUCGAUUCUACUAUCGGGUACUGGUUCGGUUACCAGGUGUUGCUUGCAGCAGGUGCCGGUUUAGGUGCUCAGAAUGUCAUGCUCGUUGCGCAGGUAGCCGUUCCCAUGGAAGACAUGGCUAUGGCGACGUCAAUCAUGACUUUUACCCAGACACUUUCUUCUUCAAUAUUCCUGGCCGUAGCCCAAAACGUUUUCCAGAACCAAUUGAUCAAAAACCUUACUGAGAAUGCUCCCGAUCUUAACUCGAGCACCAUCGUCAACGGCGGUGUCACUGCUAUCAGGGAUCUGGUCCCACCUGAUAAGCUCCCCGCUGUCCUGCAGGCCUACAACGAUGCAGUGACCCAAACCUUUUACGUUGCCGUUGCUGUCAGCGCGCUGUCUAUCUUCGGGCCUCUAUUUAUGGACUGGAUAUCCUUGAAGCAGCCAGAGAAGAAACCCGCCGAGGAGAGCCAAGACGGGUCUUCUGUAGACGGCAAAUCUACAGAGCCACAAAUCGGAGAAUGUGAGAACGAGACCAAGGAUGGCCUAUAGAACUACCAUGAACGACCGCGCCUUUACAUACUAUAUAUUUUUAGCUGUUUUUUUCACGCCUUUUUCUGUUGUCAUACCUUCCAUUUUAUUUCGGCUCGGCAUACAUAAACCUUGGGUAUGAAUCCCUAAAAAUGCCAUACUUAGAGAAAAAUAUGAAACCGAAUAGAAUUAAUAUCUUAUAUUAGCCU